AUGUCGUCUCGCACAAAACUUAUAAUGAAGUUGAGUAACCAACAAGCAAGCCAUUCUUGUGUGGAUAUUGUUGAAUACGAGGUUGAAAAAGAUGGAAUUUUGUCUCCUAUUCACGCACAACCAUCUAGUAAAAUAAAUGAAACUCUUGUAAAUAGUAAUGAGGUUCCAGCACCGAAGAUUUCAACCAGUUUUGAUCAUAUAGAAUUUCCGGUAGACUUAAACGAUUCUGCUAGCAUAAACAAUGAUAACUCGACCAGUUUUAAUCAUUUAGAAGUGCCGACAGGCUUAAACGAUGCUAGUAUUUCGAUCGAUUUCGACCAUUUUGACUCGCAGACAGAUUUAAAUGAUGCCAUUAGCAUGAACAAUGAACUGGACAAUCCAGAGAUUCUAGGAACGGAGCAAGACGAAUAUAACACCAAUAAUACUAUCACGAAUACUUCUUCUGAACACGACGACGGCGCCGCCGAUGACUUGGAUGUUUCUUACGUUCCUGAGGAAAACGAUUCUGAUAGUAGUAACUCUGCCAAUGAAGAUAAUUCUAAUUACCACGAAGAAAGAAACGAUCCCGAUACCAGCCUACCUACUAAAAGAACUCGAAGGAAGAGAAAAUUGUCUGAAUCAUGGAACUACAAUAUCAAUAAAUAUAAACGUUUAAGAGGUCAGCCUUACCAAGGCAAAAAAGAAAUUACCGGUACAUGGAAUUACAACAUUAACAAACCAGGGAAGUUCUUGGAAAAUCCAUGCAACUGUUCUCUUAGUAGAAAAAAAUCUGCAAUUCAGUGUCAAAAAAUGACGGAAGAAAACCGUUUAAAAAUUUUCCAAAAAUUUUGGAAUACAAUGACUUGGAAUGAAAGAAAAUUGCAGGUACAGGCUCUAGUGAAUUGCGACAAUGUUAAAAGAAGGAGAGGAGAACUUGAAGUGUCUAAAAGAAAGUAUUCUAUGAAAUAUUUUUUACAAGUGGAUUUGGAAAAAAUUAGAGUGUGUAAGCGGAUGUUUGGUAGUACACUAGGUUUAAAAGAAACACUGAUAUUGUCUUGGAUAAAAGAAUUUAAUAGCGAGCCUGAUGACCACCAGAGAAGCAGAAAAAGUGAAACAAGAAGGGCGAAAUUUGCGGAAAAAAAUACGGCUGUGUAUCAGUUUUUACAAUCAUUACCAAAAAUGGAAAGCCAUUAUUGUAGAUCUUCCUCGAAAAAAUUAUAUCUUGAGCCACUUUGGCGUUCAAAUGCAGCACUCUAUAAUUUUUUCAAAAGAGAAUAUUGCGGCGAACGUAAUCUAGAGCCUCCAUCCAUAGCAACGUUCAUGAAGAUAUUUGAAGAGCUGAACUUGUCACUCUACAUACCCAAAAAAGAUCUGUGCGACGUGUGCGAGGCAUACAAAACAAAGAACUUAUCUGAAGAUAAGUAUAACCUACACCAAACUUUAAAGCUAGAAGCACGCCAAGAAAAGGAAAAAGACAAAUCUACCAGCGAUGCUACAGUAAACGUGUAUGCAAUGGAUUUACAAAGCGUGUUGUUAGCUCCCAAAUCGACAGUCGCUGCAAUGUACUACAAAACCAAACUAGUAGUACACAACUUCACUAUUUAUAACCUGAAAUCCAAAGAAGGAUUUUGUAGGGUCGCUGGUGACCCCGUUGUCACUGACAUAAAGGCUCUAAGGUACUUACCAAACAGUGAAAUCCAAUUCAAGAUGAGGCAUACAGAUGCUUGGUGUACAUUAAACCAAAGAAUAAAUAAAAAAAUGGCUCCGUGCAAGUUUGACGAUUUGCCAUCUUUAUACACAGAACGCAGAAAAAUUAAAAAGGAGAAAUAUGAGCACCUCCAAAUUCUGAAAUCAGGACUUCUACAAGAUUAUCAUCAAUUUUAUGAAGAACUUCCGUAUGAAUAG